CUAGUGAGUAGGAGGGUCACACAACACAGCCUUGUAUAUAUGGCCGUAAAAAUCACUUUGCCCUCGUAAGAGUAAACACAGACAGCGGUUAUAUUUGUCCGUCCACUCGGGAUAAACAACAACAACAAUUAAAUAGCAGUCUUGGUCUGGGCGAACUUGAGAAAAGGAAGGAGUGAGCAGUGGACCUACAGAACACCCAGUGGAGAGAGAGAGCGAAGAGAGAGAGAGAGAGAGAGAGAGAGAGAGAGAGAGAGAGAGAGAGAGAGAGAGAGAGAGAGAGUGAGAGCUGAAUGGAAUGUCUCUGAUUCUCAAUGUUCCGUCUCAGAACACAUGACAACAUGAAACUUCUAUCGUAAGCACAGCUCUGUAGCAGGGAAUCACUCACUAACAGUAGAAGGAUGACCUGCCACUCAUUGAGCUCCUUUGUACGGAGCCUGUCCAGGAGAAAACCUCUGGAGCCCGAGGGGGAGGAGUCCACUUUCAACCGCUGUCUCACAACUCUGGACCUGGUGGCCCUAGGGGUGGGGAGUACCCUGGGGGCAGGGGUCUAUGUUCUCUCUGGAGAGGUUGCUAGGACAUCGUCAGGUCCCAGCAUCAUCAUAUCCUUCUUCAUCGCUGCUGUGGCCUCCAUCUUUGCCGGCUUGUGCUACGCUGAGUUUGGGGCCCGCGUCCCCAAAACGGGGUCUGCGUAUCUGUACAGCUAUGUGACGGUGGGAGAGCUACUGGCGUUUAUUACCGGGUGGAAUCUGUUGCUGUCCUACGUCAUAGGGACAUCCAGUGUGGCGAGGGCAUGGAGCGGAACCUUUGAUGACCUCAUCGGCAACGUCAUGGGGAAUUUCUUCAAAGAAAACCUUUACAUGGGCCUCCCGGGCCUCGCAGAAUACCCCGACUUCUUUGCUGCUGGGCUCAUUAUGCUCCUGGCAGGUCUGCUGGCCUUUGGUGUCCAGGAAUCGGCAAUAGUCAACAAGAUCUUCACGGCCGUCAACAUCCUGGUUCUUCUGUUUGUCUUUGUAGCGGGCUUCGUCAAGGGAGACAUCGGUAACUGGCAGAUCAGUCAGGAGGUGCUCAUCAACGCUACAGCAGAAUUCCAGAACCUAACCUCUCCAGUCAACGUGACCAGUGUAUAUGGGGAUGGAGGGUUCUUCCCGUACGGUUUCGACGGGACAAUCUCUGGAGCCGCUACCUGUUUCUACGCCUUUGUAGGCUUCGACUGCAUCGCCACAACAAGUGAGGAGGUAAAGAACCCUCAGAAGUCCAUCCCACUGGGCAUCGUGGCGUCGCUCCUCAUCUGUUUCCUGGCCUACUUCGCCGUGUCGGCGGCCCUCACUCUGAUCAUGCCCUACUACAUGCUGAAUGUUAACAGCCCGCUUCCCGUGGCCUUCGAGUACAUUGGCUGGGGGCCCGCCAAGUAUGUGGUGGCUGUCGGCUCACUCUGCGCCCUCUCCACCAGUCUGUUGGGUUCCAUGUUCCCUAUGCCCCGCGUACUGUUUGCGAUGGCCAGAGACGGCCUCCUCUUCAAGCCCCUCAGUAAGGUCAGCGCCAGACAAAGUCCUGUCAUCGCUACCCUCUCCUCCGGGGUCGUAGCAGCGAUAAUGGCCCUGGUGUUUGACCUGAAAGCAUUGGUUGAUAUGAUGUCAAUUGGGACACUCUUUGCCUACACACUUGUGGCUAUAUGCAUUCUUAUACUUAGGUACCAAGAGACCCAAUCAGAAGACUCAGAUCUCCAGAUCCUUGAAUCAAACACCAAGUUUGGUUGUCUCAAACCACCAUCAUUUCCAACAUCGGGCACCUCGAAAACAGUCACAAGUUUGACUGUAUUUUCUGUGGUGUGUGUAUGCGGUCUGUGCAUCCUGCUGACCCAAGCGAUAGACGCUAUACAGCGGCAGGAGAUCUGGAGCAUGGUGUGUGUGUCCAUAGUAGCCUUCAUCCUCCUGGUCCUCGUCAUCAUCAUCUGGAGGCAUCCACAGAACCAAGCCAAGGCUGCUUUCAUGGUGCCCUUCCUGCCCGUGCUGCCGGUAGUUAGUGUGUUUGUCAACGUCUACCUGAUGGUCCAGUUAGGACGAGACACCUGGAUGCGAUAUGCCAUCUGGAUGGCCGUAGGGUUCCUCAUCUACUUUGGUUAUGGGAUCCAUAACAGCGUUCAGAAGCAGAGGAACCAGACCAGCCAGGUGGAGAUUGAGACCAUCAGCGGUAUGACAGAGAAGGAGGCCUCCAAAAAUGACAAAUUCUGAGGCUGAGUAGAAAGGACAACAUAGGACAGGAGUGGAGAGAAGAGGAGAGGAGAAGAGAGGACAGGACAGAAGAGCGAGAGACAGGACAAGACUGGAGCUGACAGGACAGGACAGAAAAGUCCUGGACCUGACAGGACAGGACAGCAAAGUCCUGGACCUGACAGGACAACAAAGGACUGGAGUUGAUAGGACAGAAAAGGACUGGAGUUGACAGGACAGGACAAGAUAGGACUGCAGCUGACAUGACAGGACUGGACUGGAGCUGACAGGACAGGACAAGAUAGUACUGCAGCUGACAGGACAGGACUGGAGCUGACAAGACAGGACAGAAAAGUGCUGGAGCUGACAGGACAGGACAGGACAGCAAAGGACUGGAGUUGACAGGACAGAAAAGGACUGGAGCUGACAGGACACAAAAAGGCCUAGAGCAGACAAGACUGGACACAAAAAGGCCUAGAGCUGAGAGAGAGAGAUAUUUACUGUUCACUUUUUAUUGUUUAUUUCACUUUUGUUCAUCUAUUUCACUUGCUUUGGCAAUGUAAACAUACUGUAUGUUUCCCAUGCCAAUAAAGCCCCUUGAAUUGAAUAGAGUUAGAGAGAGAGAUGUUUGAUGUCACAGUGUGUAUUUAAGAGAAUUCCUAUCUACUGUAUAACUAAAGGCUGGAUUAUACUGUCUGUAGACCACUAGAAUUCAAGAAGUGUGGUUGGUCAAAACAACAUUUAAUUUAUAACCAUUAUGUUUGUACAUUUCCCCAGUCAUUUUCAACUUUAAAAUAAUGUAUUUUAUAAGGAGACAUCAUGGAUAGUCUUUGAUGAAAUAUCUUUGUUUUCUCAUUGUUUUGUCAUGCAGUAUUGGUAUAGAUAAAAUAUGGCAUGUCCCAAAGAAAAACCAUUGCAAGUUGAUUUGAUGAGUUGAUCUAGUCAGCUGUUCAGUCCACGUCAGAUUUGGUUAUGGUGGUUCAGAGAUUGUGAGUUCGUCUACCUGUGUAUCUCUCGAUGUUGUAAGAGUUGGAACAUGGAGAUGACCUCAUUAUCUCUGUGUAUUAGUCAGAGGCCAUAUGAAACAUUGUCUGAACAAAAUAAUGUCAACUAUUGUAACAAGCUCUAACAAACUUAUCAGAUGUAAGUUCAAACUAUUUAUCUGACGCAUCAACACUUUUCCAUUACAACAUGAUGAGGGGAAAGAGUGUCCCGAGCAGGAAGAGAAGUUAAUGUGCUUGCAAGAACAACUACUGUAUUCAUACAUACUCCAGGCUUAUUAGUGUGCUUGCUGACCAAGUUGUUUGAGAAAAAUCACUUUGAUAACUAUUUAUACUUUUUGAACUAUGACUACAUAAAAUACAACGCAUUUAUAUAGAUUUACAAUGGAGAUUUUUCAGAAUAGUACUGCUCUUCAACUGUUUAUACUAGUCACAUCAAAAACAGUAUGGGACCUUUAUCAAAAAAACGUAUUCAACUUUUUUAUUUUUUUACUUAUUCUACUACCAUAAAAAAAUAAUAUUGGACAGCUGAAGCAAGCACAACAGUGUUUUCUUCAGGGAAAUUGCCCUUGCUAAUACGUUUAUAGAGAGUACGUUGGAGUCCAUUCAACAAGUUAGAGUUAAGCUUUCAGUUUCUUCUGCUCACCUGUGAACUAACAUGUGACUGACGGUGUGUUAAAGUUCACAUACUCACUGCUUUACCCUACUUGUCAUUGUCCUGGCAAUGAUACAUGAAGCAAGUGAGUUUUAAAUCAGAGAUAGAUUUCUUUCUCCAUUUCUUAGGAUUCAGUUUUUAUACAUGUAUCAAAAUGUUAACAUGUGUACAUAUAGAAUGUAGAUAUGAUGAAAAAUCGUAUUUUGAAUUAAAAUAAAUGUCUAGUACAUAGCUUAUUUUAAGAUUUUAACAAGAUAUUGUAUUGUUUCAUAAUGUAAAUAGAAAAAUGUAUACAAUGACAUAAUGCAAAUGACUCCCAAAUAAACUUGAUCAUGUUC